CCACAUUUCACUGUUUGAGUGUCAACUACUUAGAUUGUCAGAUAGCAAGCAUGCCUUUUUGGCUUCUUUCUCCUUUGCUUUUCAUGUACUCCUCUCCACCCCCUUCUCUUUUUUCCUUUAUAAGAACUUGUUGUGAUGACAGGUUAUUUCAGGGCACCCAAGCUGACUGCUUUGGAUCUGACAAUAGACUUUUGCUUUAAUAAAUUGGCCUUUUUAAGGGUAGGCCAUUGCACACAUUACUCGGAGACAAACAGACUUUGUUCCUAGGAUAUGCUAAAGAGGGACCUGCAGCCAAUCACAGCUGGGUAUAUGUUCUUAGGUGUUCAGUUAAGAUCAGCCAUGUGCUAAGUGGCUGCAAAGAAGGCAUGGCUUGUUCAGGGGGAUGUAACCUGCACCCAGAUCUUCUAGUUCAUUUUUAUUGUCAUUUUAGAUUCACAGAGGAAGUGGAAUCUCUUUUCCAAUCAAUAACUAAGGUUUAGAGCAUCCAUGUAUUGAUGUUGCUUAAGGCCUCUCAGUUCAGUGGGAGUUAUGGGAACUUGAAAUAGGCUGAUUUGGCCCUGCUGGCUCCUGUUCCUCUUGCUUUGCCAAGGCAAGUGCUUGGAAGAUGGCCAGUGGAGUCAUGUUUAGUUUGUCUUGGGGAGGCCCAGAAGCUUUAUCUGCUCCUAUCUGACCAUGCCAAAACCUUGGAACUCCAUUAAUGGGGUGAUUUUAAAGCUGUUGUAAUACCUGUCACUACAACUGGAAGUGUGUGGAGAGGAGGGUGUGGCUAGAGAAGCAUCUUUAAUUUGGACCAGCUAUUCAGAAAUGAGGAGUUUAGCAUCUUACCUUGUAAUGCUCUUCUAAGUGCUGUACUUUUUCUUGUAGGAAUGAAUGGCAGCCAUAAGGGGAUGAGAAGGAAUGAAUAGAACAUGUCUUAGUCAUGUAGUUGGAGACAUAACUGGGAAGGAGAACCAUCUCUGUUUUCUCAGCUGUGUCCCAGUUGUGGAGUCCUUUAGAACAAAGCUACCACCAAUUUGUACAUCCCCACACCUUCUCCAAAGCCCUGUCUGAGUUGUGUUUUUUGUCAAUUAAAAUUUGGUGCAGCUCUGUACUUCCUUAUGUCUGCUAUGACUUAGAUCUGCUGAUUAUUCUUGAACAGAUUGCUAUGCUACUAUGGUUCAAUGUCCAGUCUGUAAAAGAGUGAAGUGGUUUCUUGCUAUCCUCUUAAAGCACUCUGAAACUGAACAGACAGCAUAUUCUAAAAUAGAAACUGCUCUUUUGAGUUGCAGUCUCCAUUUACAAGUUUCUUUUACUUUCUGCUUCUUUAUACUCACCUUCUUCACCAUUCUUAUACCAAUAUCAUUUUGGGAGUCCAGCUUUUCAUAUUGCCGCCUCUUUUCCACAACAGUAUUCACCUUUCGGGAGAACAAAAUAAGCUGACUUUACACUGCUUUCUCUUUGGGGCAGGUACAAGCAGCAACAUCUUGUCUGUCUUGUGUGCUGUACACCUGUUGCACACACAGAUUGUGUUUUGUUGUUUCCUUCACAUAAUUCCUGAAAAUGAAUGAACAGCCAUAUGCUAAUACACAAUUGCCUGAUCUGGAGGUUCUAGCUCAUUAAGAUGUUACCUAGUUCAGCUUCAGGUUCCUUUCAAAUCAACAUUUCUGCUAGACCAGGAGAACACAGACCUGUAUCAUAAAUUUUAAAAGUAAAAUGUACAAGUAUUAAUUUUGGGUCAGUACAGUAAUCUAGAUCAAAAUACUUUGUAGGCACAUUCUGAUAUACCAGGGUGGGCAACAUGUAGGCCACAAUGCAGCUGAAAGCCUCAGACCCCCAUGAGCCACCUCUGCUGGGUAUGCUAGCUAAGACUAAUGGGAGUUGCAGACAAGAACAUCUGGAGCAUUACAGGUUGCCAUUUCCAGUUCUGUAUCCUGCUUUUCUUAGUAUCUGAUUUGCACUAAACUGCAUGAGCUUCCUUUGUUUCAGUUAUUUAGACUGAAGGGGGUGGAUGUGUCUGUGCUAAAAGGGCUCUUUUGGUUUAAAAGAAAAUGGCAUGGUCUGAGUUUUGCAUGCAAAGUAAAAGUCUAAAAUUAUAGUUGCUUUAUGUCUGAUAACCAAAUGCCUUUAUCUGCUUUUUUUAAAAGAGAGGGAGAGGAACUGUGUGUUUGCAGGGGAAACCUACUUAACUCUUAUAGAAUGUAUUAUUCCAGGCUAAAAAGAAAAUGUUAUGACCUAGACUUUCUGAACUUUGAAUAGUCUUAAGGAGUCUUAACUUUUUUACUUUUCAACCUGAGAUGGGAAUUCCCACCUCCACUUUUUAAUGUACUGUACCCAUUCAAUCUGCUCUAUAAACAUGCAAUAUGAACAAACACAAUGGAGUUACAAACUACUAUUAAAAUAUUUCUUAGGAACUAGGAAAUAACUAAAAUAUAGAUCACCCUUACUGCAGGAAUUUAAUCUGUAUUAAAAACUCAGCUAAAAAGAAUGUUUGUCAAAAAGAGGAAGGGGGGGCACCAGGCCACCUUCUCAUAAAAGGAAUUCCAAAUAUGUGCACCAGUCCAACUUCCAAUAAUGGUAUGAUGCAAAGAAAUCCCACCCAGAAGAUCUUAACAGGUAGACAAAAGUGUUCUUUUAGAUUUGGAUGACUAGCACCUUGAAUUUGGCUCAGAUAUAAACUAGCUAUCCAUCCAGAUAAAAUCAGAUGGAAAUGAUUUGUGCUGAACAGCUGGUUCAUGAUUCUUUUGAUUAUAAUUAUGGUGCUGAGGUGGGGUAAAUUACUACUUGCCCCUAUUUUCCACAGACUUUAUGUCUCUUCCUAAAAGUUAGUGCCCCAUUUUUGGGACACUUGCCAUAAUUGAACAGGAGUUUAUAUUCCCAGGACUGGCUUUCCAAAUUGCUAACUGCAGUGCUUGUAGCAAGAACUUUCUGACCCUGCAUCAUGACUUCUUACUUAUCCAAUGUGACUGUGUUAAAUAAAUAGCCAGGCAGCUGUCUACAACAUAGAGCUGUUCUCCUCAAAGGGGUGAAUUACAAACACUGACUUAUUUGAAAACUUGGUGCAAAGGGCCUGUGUUUCCAGGGCACUUCUAAAAAUGGAAGACUGAAUGAUUAAUAAUCACCUUAACACUGAAGGCCAUAUUGUGCAGCAUAUGGUGUGUUCUCUUACAACUAGUGAACUAGAAUCCAGGUCCCUGAGGCUGAAUAUGCCUAAGGAAUGCUGCAAGAGGGAGACAGUUCCUGCUUCAUCCACUAGCCCUUAAAAGUUGUUUUGUUAUAUCUGCCAUAAUAGCCUGAAGUGCUUGAUCCUGCCUAAUCUCAGAAGCUAACCGGACAGUAUUUGGAUGAGCCAGGAGGAGCUGGAUGAGCUUGCUGAUGAUCGCAUGGCAUUGGUCUCGGGGAUCAGUCUAGAUCCUGAAGCAGCUGUCUGUGUAACGAAAAGGUUACCUCCAAAGUGGAUUGAUGGAGUCGAAGAAAUUCGUUAUGAAAUCUCCAGGAUAAAACAGAAGAUGAAAGAAUUAGCAAGUCUUCAUGACAAGCAUUUAAACAGACCAACGCUAGAUGACAGCAGUGAAGAAGAACAUGCAAUAGAAAUAACUACCCAAGAAAUUACACAGCUAUUCCACAGGUGUCAGAGGGCGGUCCAGACAUUACACAGCAGGUCCCGAAGCUGUACAGACCAAGAGCAGCAGCUUCUGAAGAACGUUGUGUCUUCCUUGGCCCAGUCCCUUCAGGACCUGUCCACCAGCUUUAGGCACGGACAGUCUGACUAUCUUAAACGUAUGAAGAACAGGGAAGAAAGAUCAAAACAUUUCUUUGAUACGUCUGUUCCACUUAUGGAUGAUGGUGAGGACACCACACUGUACGAUCGGGGCUUUACAGAUGACCAGUUAGUAUUAGUACAGCAAAACACAUUAUUGGUGGAAGAACGGGAACGAGAAAUCCGACAAAUUGUACAGUCCAUUUCUGAUCUCAAUGAAAUUUUUAGGGAUUUAGGAGCAAUGAUAGUAGAACAGGGUACAGUUUUGGAUAGGAUCGACUAUAACGUUGAACAAUCAUGCAUUAAAACAGAAGAAGGAUUGCAGCAAUUACAUAAAGCUGAGCAAUAUCAAAAGAAGAAUCGGAAGAUGCUCGUUAUUUUAAUUUUGUUUGUUUUGGUAAUUGUCCUCAUUAUCACCCUCAUUGCUGUAAAAUUACGCUAGUCAACACCCCAAUUAUGUUGUUCUUCCUGCGUGUGUGCAAGGUUUGGGAUGUGGGGUGGCAUUUUGUGUCUUUUGGCUCUUUUUGUUCCUGAUAUGAAUGGUUCAGCCUGCACUGUUGGAAGCUGCCUUUUGGAUGAAUGUAUAGCCCCUUGUGGUGCAAAGUCCGUGCAAUGUUUUUAGAAAAGCUCCUUUCCAUUUUACAUGCUUAGUAAAUGUGGGAGUCACAAGAAUGUUGGGAUUUCUGAUGGAUACUGCGAAAUCAGAUAUCCUGGAAGUUGAAACACUAAGAAGGCGUAUUUUCUUAAGGACUAAAGUGCUUUGGAAAAUACAGUAAUUACUGUCACUCUGUUGAAAACAUAACUGUGUUUCUGCCAUGUUUUGUGCAAUGGUUAAUCUUGUACCUUCUUGGCUGCCUAAGUUUCCACUUGGACAUAUCAAAAAUUAUUAUUUGGAGGGGGAAAUGCCGUAAUGAUAAAAAUGAAUUGAUCCCAUCUAGCUUUCCUUCAGAUUUAAUAUUAGUGCAGUCCCAUAGAAGCGAAACUGUUUUUUAAGAAAUGGCAGAUAAUUUAUACCCUGUGUGUCCAUACUGUUACUAAUUCCCCCUGCGUUUUGAGUAAAAUGUAGCAGUGUAACUAUCACAGCUAACCUAUAUUCAGUGCUAUAAAUUUAAAAUGACUUCCUCAGCUUUAAGUGAUCCAAAAAGUCCCCCCCCCCCCGUCACCCCUAUCCUGAAAGAAUACUCUGCCUCCUGAACUGAUCAUGCACUGUUUUUUGACUACACGUAUCUUGAAAUACUCAUAUAUUUGGUCCAUAUUUGAGAGGAAGGGCUCUAUUCCCCUUCUCUCCCCCACCCCUGAAAUCAGUAUACCAGUAGGAACCAGUUGUGGUGUAGCCUAAACUUGUAGCCUAAACACUUGCAGCCUAACCAGGAUGAAAUAAGUCCUAAAUAGAAAAACUUUUCUCCUCUGCUGUCUGGCUGCAGAGAAGCCCAGGAGAAACAUGGAAUACUAUUCAGCUCUUAUUAAGUGCUUUACUACUGUUUAUUGCUGAUCUGUUAAUGUAGGGGAUAACCUCUACAGAGGGAUCAUUUUUAGUGGCAAAAUGCUACAGUUUAACUGGAUUCUAAGUGUUGUGCAGUUUUAAGGGCCUUGCUUCAGUCCUUGAAAUGACUCAAAAAGAAUCAUGUCUUUAAUUUAUUUCAGGCUUUGCUGUUCAUUCUCUUCCUGUUGUGACUUACUUGUACAGUCCUCAACCAGUCAGUAAUUAAAUAAUUGUCGUGUUGUCUGUGCUUUUUCUCUUUCCCUCUCUCCAGCUUUCUUCCUCUCAUCCACUUCUUUGCACCAUUAAGGUUUUUGAUAGAACGAUCACAGAAACAAUCAAGCAUGCCCUGCCGUGGUUCAGCUCAGGAUGAGGGUCGCUGGUCAGAGAGAGAGGAUGAGACCCACCAGGGUCAUCUGCUGCAGAAAGUCCAGUGAGCCUAGUGGUUAGAGUGUUGGCCUGCAACUUGUGAGAUCAGGAUUCUAGUCCCGCUUGGCCAUGACUUCGGGCCAGUCACAGAGUCUCAGCCUAACCUACCUCACAGGGUUGCUGUGAGGAUAAAGGGAAGAGAAGGAGGCUCAUAUAAGCUUCCUUGGGUUUCUUGCAAUAGGAAGAAAAGAGAGAAUAGAAAUUGAUCCUGAAUAUUUUUUUAAAAACACGUAUUUUCUAAAAAUGAAUAGAAUGGUGCUGUUCCAUUUCAUUUCAAUGAGAAUUUAUUGCAGGAGCUCUUCCUGCAGGGUUGUGCUUAAAGGUUAGAUUUGUCUUCUGCUUACAGGACCUCAUAGAAGGAUCUAUAAUAGCUGACAAGGCAGUGUGUUGAUCUUUGUAGAGUCAUGAAUUUCAGUCCCAUUGGAUUAUUUGCCUGUCCAGAAGCAUCAGCUGUGUUAAUUGAAACAGACGACCCUUGUGUAAUAACAAGGGCCUUGAUAGAGCGUAUUAAUUCCCGUUUCUUAAAGCAGGGUGCACAAUGUAGGGCUUGCACGUACACACACACAGUUGUGCUUUUUUCUUAGGUUUCUCCUCGUUUGCUCUUUGUGUCCAAAGUUAAUGAGCUUCUGCUGGGCUUUCUUCAAGCCUCUACCACAGCCUGUCUUGGAUGCCAUCCUACUUGUUUCUAGCUGGUAAUGGUUGAAUUCACUUUGACAGAUCAGUCCCAGCCCUAAAUUUAUACUAAAUUUCUAAAUAUUUAGUAUAAGGCAUGACUCCUCAGUCGGCUUAAAGCUUUGUUAGAACUAGUGAGUGGUUGUACACUUACAGGAAUAUGUUGCCACCUGCAUACCUGGGUGUUGUCACAGUUCUCUAACAGUCUUCCCCACCUUGGUGCCCUGCAGAUGCACUGGACUACAGCUCCCAGAAUUUCUGAGCACUGCCCACGAUGUUGCAGUCCAAGACAUUUGAAGGUACCAGGAAAGGGAAGGCUGGUCUAGACCUACUGAAUCCUGUUGCAAGCAAGGGAAAAACUCAAGUCCUGCCAUAUUUUGCUAGCAAUACACAUCUGUGGGACUUGUGGUGUUGCUGUACUGCCACAAUUGUGUGUGGAUGGCUGAAAACGAGGGAAGGUGAAUGGCUUUGAAUGGAAGGUUUAGUUAAGUUUUGGCCUCUUCCAUCUUUGAUGCUAUAUAUACAGAAAGCAGGGCACCCUUAGGCUAGUUGAUUGAAAUGGUGGUGGUUGAAACAUAGGUCAGGAUCUGCUAUAGAUCUCUGGCUGGCUUGCCGUGGAUCAGCAGUUUUCCAAUGGCAGCUGUUUAAUAGUAGCAACAAAUAGGCACUUUUCCUUUAUUAGGAUGCUGAAAUGAAGACAGCAGGAAGGAAGAAGCAGAGUUCACUUCUGCAUGAAAGGACUAGGAACUCAAACUCCUAGCUGAAACGUGCUCAGAGGCCCUGUUUCUUAAUCUAAAUGUGUCAUCUCCCCUUCCAUUGCUGUGGUCCUAUACCUGGCCCUGUUUGGGGGACCUCAUGUUUAAGUAAACAGAAAAGUGUACCCUGUGAGCCUGGUGCCUUUCCAGUCCAAUCUACAAGCGAGCUCUCAUCAAGGUAGCAAAGCAAUACCUGGGCAGAACCACUGCCAACUGGAAGGUUGGGGAGUCGCUCACAUACAAACAUUUCACCAAACUCAAAAAACUGGAAUUGGAGGGGGCAGAGAUGAAAAGGCAGAGUAGAUCCCUCCUCUCUAACAUUGUUUUCUGUGUGGAAGAACACCACAUUGUAUGAGCCCUAGAAAAAUCAGUAUGGACCAGACCCAGGUUGUUUGAGAGAGACUUGGAUCAGAAUCAUGAACAUCUCACAUGUUACAAGGGGAAAAUCCGAUUCCUACUAAUGAUUUAUUUUCUGUGUGUUUUCUCCCCGUUUUUAAAUUCUGCCUUGUGCUAUAAUCUGACAUGAUGUCAAGAAAAAAAUUGUUUAUCUUUAAAUAAUUGCCAAAUUCAAAGAACGUUAGAAAUAAAGUGCACUAACAUUUAAUGUCUACAUUAUGCCUGCAUUGGUGUUAUUUAUGUAGAACUGUCAGCGUACACAGAACGUUAUAGCACAAACAAGCAUUUUUCUGCUACAAAAAGCUUGCUUUUAAGUGUAAUCAUGUGCAAUGAAUGGGCCAGGAGAACGAUAAAUGAAUGCAAAAUAGGAUGAAGGCAGCAGGCAGAUGCAUGGGUUAAGCAAAGACUUCCAAUUUCUGAAAGAAAGCUAAAAAUUGCUGGAAUGUUCCUUGGACCCAAACUUCUAAUUGAGUUCUCCUGUGGGGCAGACAGAAUAGAAAUGCACUUACAAGAUUGCUGGGGUGCUCUCUAAUUGCAGUGAUGCACAAUGAUAUAUGAAAUAUUGUACCAUCAGAGUUAGUGUUGUCAUAUGCACGCCUACUAAUUUAAUUAAUCACUUUUGACUAAUGUGGUCUUUCCAUCUUCAGAUCAUUCAUUGGCAAGAUUGCUCUAUAAAUCUAUUCAGUGGUGCUAUUCUCAGAAGGCCUAUGAGCAGAAUGUUGAGGCAAACCAGUGCUUUUAGUAUACCUCAACUUGCAAAUUGGGUUUUAUUUCAUUGUAUAUAUCCAAAGUCUAAAACUGGGUACUUUGUUUUGCAAUUUGAAAAUUUAUUUUAAAGCAGUUUUUCUGCCCACUUUUGUUUAAGAACAAAAACAUGGCCAGAAACACAGAAAAAUACUCAUGGCCAGAGACACAGAAACAAAUAUACAGAUCAAGAGACAAAUUCUACAUAUUAUAUAUUAUAUUAAAUACCUAAAUUGAAUUCUUAUCAUGAUUAAAAAUAGAUGGCCUUGCAGAAGAGAGCUGAGUGGGAUGGAAUGAAAGAAUGUAGAAGCAAAUCAUAUAGGAACGUCUUGAGUAAAGAGACAAAUCUUUAAAAUUUUUUGAUGACAAUUAGGGAUAAAAUAAGAUGGGUGGUGGACAUGGGCAUGCUAAUAUGAAGGAAAAGUCAUACAAGCAUGCACAAUUUAGGCAUCAGGGUUUGUUUUCAUGCAGAGACCAUGAAGGCAUGCCUAUGGGACACUACGGUAAAAUCCAUCAUCUGAUUACAUGGCAACCAAGCUUUACAAACUGCUGGAGAAUACUUUUGAGGUUCUGUUUGUAUACUGUACUCUACCCAUCUAUAAAUGUCUAGUGCACUGUGUUUUCUAAAGGUCUACCAUUCUAAAGGUCUACAAGUCUACCAUUGCUCUGAAAACCUUUAGGCUGAUCAGAAACAACAUAAUGUAGAGAAGGACCCAGUGUAAGAUAUGUACAUUCCAAAGGGGUUUGGACGCUUGAGAUCCUUUCUGUUCAUCAGCCAUAGUUCUGUGUAAGACUACUGUUUGCAAGAAAUUUAAAAAUCUUAUUUAAAACUAUUUAUUUAAAAUGCAACAAUGUCUAAGAUUUUCUACUACUUUGACUGUUUUCCAUAAUAGCUGUGUUCUAGAGAUGUGACACUGGUCCAGCCAGACUGGGGGGAAAAGACCAGUGAAACCACAAUGGUGUCAAAGAUUAACAGAGUUGUCAGAAUGGUUGUCAUACCUAAUUGUGCAGCGUCUGUUUCUGUGGACUUUAGUACAGUUAAGAACUACCAUUAAUUUUCACUGAAUGCUUUCUGUAAACCUCAGGCAAUGUUCCAUGUAUUUCCUUGAAGUGUUAUUUUUAUAGUAUUUUCCAAGGGUAGCUGUAAAAACAUUAGCCUAUUGCAGUAAAAACAAAGAUUUGCAAGACUCAAAACUCUUUGUUUGUUGUUUUUUCCUAUAAACGGAUUUUUUUUCCUGGGUAAUACUCCUCAGAACUUAUUUCUUAGUAGGUUGGUUGAUAUUCCUUCCUUUUCACAACUGGAAAACUAUAGCUGAGAGAGACUUGCCUACAGCAUUGGCGAUAUUAGAUUGGAGACGAAAGCCCUUGUCCCUUGUUCCUCCUUAUGCGACCCCAUUUGUCUGAUGGGAUACUGAGCUAUGCAUUCAUUGGCUUGUCUCCGAAUGCUUUGGGGCCAGACUUCUGCAGCAGGUCUGCUAGCAUUGUUCACUUACACAAUUUAGAUUCCAGCAGUCAUAAUCAAGCAAGAGGCCUAUGUGAACGCAGCUAGCUCAGUGUGCUGCAAGAGAGGAAAAGGUUCUUCAUCCACCGUACAAACCCAGCUGUGCAAUCCACACAGAGUGGGCAGUUUGCAUGUUGCUACAACCUGGGGUUCUUGCGAAUACAGCGAAAUGCUAGCGCAUGCUGCACAAUCACUCCUGCAGCAAGCUAAAAAACAAAAUGGGGUGCCAUGCAGUUGUGUGCACUUGCAACGAGCUGGAUCAGAUCGCGGCUUUCAGGCGGGCUGCCUGCCCCUGGGAAGAGCAAUCCUGGUGAAUGUGCGGUGCAGUCCGAUACCUGACAAAUUAAGGAUUCCAGAACUCUUAUUGAUGGCAGAGCAGCAGGGAGGAAGGCACAUUUUUUCUGGGGAAGGGUGUCUUCCUUAUAGGCUUUUGUUUUGUCUGUCUUACUUUCUUGUUUAAGUUCCCUCCAGUUGUCUCAGUAGGAGAAAAUUAAUCUGCAACAGCGCUAGGGCUGCCGCAGAUUGUGGGGAGUAUCUUGGGAAUUGAGUGCUGUUGAUACAUGAUACUUCCUGUAUACUCCCAGAAAGCCUCAGUUCCUUUCCAGCAGCCAAGUUCCAACCCUGGAAAAGCAUCUGCCCCAGAGUUAUCUGUGGUAGCUGGAUAGAGAUUUCCGAACUCAGAUCUUUUCUCCAAGGAAGGUCUCUCUCUGAGGCUUAUUUGGGAUUCAAGAGGCUACUUUUUCUUCAUGGUUAAGGGUCUUGUACGCAACCCCUUAUGCAUGGAACAUUUCUUGGUGCUUGUAUCUCGCAUCUAAGAUAAUACAGAAUAUCUUGUUGCCAGAGAAUUCUGUAUAUAAUUAAGAAUGCCUGCAGAUUUUGCAUUGCAAGGUUUGGGUGCAAUUCUGUGGCACACAAUACAUAAACCACAAGAGACAUCCAAAAUGAGAAAUCCGCUUCUCACAGUAUCAUUGUAUACAAACUCUAGCAGAAGCCCUAGUCAUGGCCCUAUGACUGUUGUAACUUAUCUAUGGUGUAUGUAACAUAAGGGAUCUCAUGUUUACCCAACUAUGUACAGUAUUUUCUUCCAUGUCUGUGAACAAUUUGUACUGUAUGAAUAAACCAUUCAACUCCAA